ACAAGCCAAGUACUUAUAGAGAAAAUAAAUGUUAGGUAUACUUUUAUAGUUUGAUACGUCAUGAAUUUUGUUCAAGGGAAUGUAAAAAAACACAUACUUUAAGCCAGAUUUUUUCGUCUUCACGUAAUACGGUCAUUCAAAAAAGUAAAUAAAUCUCAGAUAUAUAUCGUACAGGUUUGAUAUCUCAUGAUUUGUCUUUGUUCGGGGAAAUUCGGGAUUUAACUUUCUCUUCUCGGUUUAAAAUGAAGUCUUAUAAGGUAACGGAAGGAAAUCACAGGAGUAUGGAUUCAACUGGUUUUGCAUCGCCUCUUGGAAGAAACCCAAGUAACUGUGAAAAAGAAAUUAUUAGUAACAAUAAAAAUGACUCGAAAAUUGUCAAGUUCACAGAUAUUCUUACUGACUUUUUUCGGGAAAAUAAACAACGAUUCAAAACAGUGAGAAAUGUUUUCUUCUUGGUCCUUUACCUCGCUUACUAUGGCUACGCGAUGUAUUGCAAUUUUGGAGAUGAGCCUUCUAUUCGUCUGACAGUGUUCACGGUAUUUGGACUUUUGUGCAUAAGCUGGAAGCAACUGAGAAAUUUCGAGUGUUUCAGGACGGCAUGGAAAUCAUUUUGUAGAAAGGUGUACGCACUCUAUUCAGUUGGCAAACGACCGAAAAUUAUCCAGGGGGGUCUCUACUUUGUCUGGAGUGCUUUAUUUCUAGUUUAUGUCAUAGUUAAUGUCGCUUUGAAAGAUUCGAGGACUUUUAUUUCGCUGGUUGGCUUUGUUGUAUUCAUACUUCUUAUGAUCCUACUUUCCAACAACCGUAGAAGGAUAAACUGGCACUGUGUAUUCUAUGGUACAGUCCUGCAAUGCCUGUUUGGACUUUUCGUAUUAAAAACUACAGCAGGAACGACAACUCUGAUGUGGUUCUCAGAUCGUUUGAUAGAAUUCAUAAGCUAUUCGGAUGUGGGCUCUGCGUUUGUUUUUGGGCAGAAAUAUUUGGAUCAUGUAUUCGCAAUGAAGGUAAUUCCUGGCAUUAUCGUGUUUGUUGCUGUUAUUCAAGUGCUUAUAUAUCUUGGAGCAGUUCAGUUUAUUGUGAAGCUCGUAGGUACUCCAUUGGCGUUUAUACUUGACGUGUCUGCACCUGAGGCAAUGAAUGCUUUUGCAAAUAUUUUUCUUAGCGGGGCAGAGUCAAGUGCAACGAUUUAUGAGUAUCUCUUCACGAUGCCAACAUCCAGGCUUUUUGCUGUUUGUGUGGGUGGUCUUGCUUCGUGUGCAGGUUCAAACUUAAUACAGUAUAUGUCGUUCGGAGUGCCGCUAAAAUACUUGUUGGCUGCGUCGGCUAUGUCAGCACCUGCAGCAUUAGUAUGUGCUAAAAUCGUUUACCCCGAUACUGGGGAAGAAGACCUCGAAGAAAAUAGUACAGAAAUAGCACUGGUUACGACAGAAAGAAACACAUUCAGUGCGGCUGUUAUAUCAGAUGAAGGUCCGAAAGAAAUAUUUUCAAAUCACAUUACAGAACAAAGCCCCGAAUAUAUCAAGGAAGCUGUAUUAUUCAAUGAAAUGGAGGACAAGAAUAGACAAUCUGAAAAGGAAAAUGGGAUGGAAGGAAAACAAAGAUUUGUUGCACCGAAAAGUGUAGGUGAAGCACUAGUGGUUGGUACCACAACUGGACUUAAACUCGCAGCAAGUAUAAUAGGGUUACUGAUUGUUAGCUUCGCUGUCAUAGAAAUGCUGAAUAAAACUGUGGAAUGGUUUGGAGACAGAGUCAACAUUCACAUUACAUUAAAUCAAAUUUUGUCUUAUCUGUUUUACCCAUUCGUGUAUAUUAUGGGAGUUGAAAGUGAAGACUGCCUACGAGCUGGUGUAUUCCUCGGGCUUCGCACAUUAUCGGGUCCUGGGAUUUCGUACAUUUACCUCGGACGGGUUAUCUACAAUCGACAGCGUUUAGACGCUUAUACAGCGGCGUUUAAUGAAACAUUUACAUAUGACAGGACAAGCGAUAUUUUCCUUCCGAACUGGAACAUGACGUUGACUGGAGGCACUUUCUCGGAGAGGUCAGAGGUGAUAGUGACGUACGCUUUGUGUGGUUUUGCAUCAAUGCCGACAAUUGCGAUUAUGUUCGGUCUGCUUACAGCAUUUAUCCCACACCGACUUCCGGAGGUAACCAAGCUCUGGUUUAGAUUACUUGUGACUGGAACAGUGGCUAGUUAUCUUACUGCUUGUGUAGCAGGUUUAUUGUCAUAGACGGUAUGAUGUCUACACAAGGAAGACCUCUAUAUGUUUCAAUAUGUACUGUUAAAACACCCUAGGUGUAGCUACAUAUUACAAGAACAGGUUGUGUAAAAAAAUAUCUAGAAGAAAAGAAACAUUUUACGCUCAAAGAGUCUGUAGCAUUAAUUUUUAAUAAGUUAAUAUAGUAGUUUUAUUCUAAUAAGAGCUCGUCGAACACGAAAUGCCCCCCUUGAUGCAUUUAGUAAUUGCACAAGGAACAGAAAUUAUAUGCUCACUGUAAACAAAAGUUCUACCAUUCUGGUUUAAUCUGACCUUGACCUUUAUCCUAACAAGAGAUUACAAAAGCUGUGGCUUGAGAAAUGUGAAAGUAGGUCACUAGAUCAAUAUCAAGGUCAAAGUUCAAUUCAGUAGACAGAAAUAUGCAUGUGCUUCAAAUUGGAGGCUGUACCUUGAGAAAUGUGAAAGUAGGUAGUAGGUAAAAAUCAAUGUCAAGUUUGAAUUCAGAACACAAAAAUAUGCAUGUGGUCCAAAUUUGAAGCCUGUACCUUCAAAAAUGUGAAAGUAGGUCACUAGGUCAAUUUCAAGGUCAAAAUGAUUUUUGGUACACAAAACUAUGCAUGUGGUCCAAAUUUGAAGGCUGUAGCUUGAGAAAUGUGAAAGUAGGUCACUAGGUCAAAAUCAAGGUCAAAUUUCAUUUCGGAACACAAAACUAUGCAUGUGGUCCAAAUUUGAAGCCUGUACCUUCAAAAAUGUGAAAGUAGGUCACUAGGUCAAUGUCAAGGUCAAAAAUUUUUUCGGUGCACAAAACUAUGCAUGUGGUCCAAAUUUGAAGGCUGUAGCUACAGAAAUGUGAAAGUAGGUCACUAGGUCAAGUUCAAGGUCAACUCAUGUCAAGGUUCAUCUUGCCACUCAAAACCAUACAUGUGGUCAAAAUUUAAAUGUUGUAGGUUAUUGACAAGAAGAUUUUAAAAGCUUUUCCCGAUAGAAGUCUAUAUAAACCAUGUGACCCCCAGGGUGGGGCCAUAUUUGACCCUAGGGGAAUAAUUUGAACAAACUUGGUAGAGAAUCACUAGAUGAUGCUACAUUACAAAUAUCAAAGCCCUAGUCUUUGUAGUUUGAAAAAGAUUUUCAAAGUUUUUCCCUAUAUAAGUCUAUAUAAACCAUGUGACCCCCGGGGCGGGGCCAUAUUAGACCCCAGGGCAAUAAUUUGAAUCAUCUUGGAAGAGGACCACUAGAUGAUGCUUCAUACUAAAUAUCAAAGCCACAGGCUCUGUGGUUUUAGACCAGAAGAUAACAAACCAUUUUAACUGUUCCUGGCCAAUGUGACCUUGACCUUUGACCUAAUGACCUCAAAAUCAAUAGGGGUCAUCUGCUGAUCAUGACCAACCUAACUGUCAAUUUUCCUGAAACUAGGCCCAAGCGUUCUUGAGUUAUUGCCCGGAAACCAUUUUACUGUUCCUGGUCAAUGUGACCUUGACCUUUGACAUACUGACCUCAAAAUCAAUAGGGAUCAUCUGCUGGUCAUGACCAAUUUCCCUAUCAACUUUUGUGACCCUAGGCCUAUGCGUUCUUGAGUUAUCAUGCGGAAACCGUGUAACUGUUCAGGGUCACUGUGACCUUGACCUUUAACAUAUUGACCUCAAAAUCAAUAGAGGUCACCUGCUUGUCAUGACCAACCUCCUUAUCAACUUUCAUGAUCCUAGGCCCAAGCGUUCUUGAGUUAUCAUCCGGAAACUGUUUUACUAUUCAGGGUCACUGUGACCUUGACCUUUGACAUACAGACCUCAAAAUCAAUAGGGUCAUCUGCUGGUGAUGACCAACCUCCCUAUCAACUUUCAUGAUCCUAGGCCCAAGCGUUCUUGAGUUAUCAUCCGGAAACGGAUUGGUCUACAUUCCGACCGACCGACCGACCGACCGACAUCUGCAAAACAAUAUACCCCACCUUCUUCGAAGGGGAGCAUAAUAACCAAGUAUACAGUGUUGUAAUUAUGUUCGAGACGACUAUCAAGAAUGUUGAAGUAUGUAUGAAGUAUGUAUGGAAAUUUUACAAAAGGAAAAUAGAGAAAAAGAUGCUUUUCCUAUUUCCUAUAGGACUGUAAUGUUUAACCACAGACUGAAAUUAAUUAGCUGAGACUAUAAAGUAGACAUUGAUAUACAUAAAUCUGAUACUUAUAAUUGUUUGUUCAGCAAAACGAACCUAUCGGACAACGUUUUCUUAUUUUGAUGUGUUCAAUUUGGUAGAUCACAUAUAUUUGUACUUUUUUUUAAAAUGCGUUAUUUCAGGUUUGGUGUAUAAAUGAGAAAAUAUUUUUUUGCAUGAAAAGAUGUAGCAAACAUCUUUCUCAUAAACAUUUUUAUUGUUAUAUACUAGUUUCACUGUAUGUACAUAUACUGUGAAAUAAUGGUCAACGCAUUCUCCAAGAAAACUGGAGGUCAAACGUACGAAUUCUACUGGAUGUCCCGCAGGCUAGUUCAAGAAUAGUUAUCCUGGUUUUUGCAUGACAUUAGAACGAAAGGACAAGUGUGCUUGUAAUCCAAAACAUAGCUGGUCCAGUUAAAAAGAGAGACACUAAUAAAAACACAUAUUUACCCUUUAAUCAUUAUACUAAUUUUAUAUUUUGAAUGUAAUUGGCUUUAUUUGUACAAUACAAUAGAAUAUGUAGUACAAUUCAGGCGUGUAUAUAAAGCAACAUCUUAUUCGGGUAAGUUGACUUUUUGUGGCAUGUGCACACUUAUUUGUAAUGCUAGGCGCUUUGUCGUAAUUUGUUUGGUAUAUUGUGUUGGUGGUUAGUUCGUAUAAAUUCUAUCUUGUAUAAAAUCAUGAGAGAUGGUCCAGUGGAAAAAAAUGUAAUGCUGUUUAAGAGAAGUUUUAGUCAACAUUUUUAAAACACUUAUGUUCAUUGCAUUUACACAGCAAUCGAGUUGUGCUGGGUAACUCAGUUCAUAGUUUCUUGAGAUUAAAAGAAAUACUAGUAAACAGGAUAUGUACUCCGAAUAUGGUUUAACUCUGAACAGUUUUCAAUUUCUUUCUUGAAAUCACUAUGAUAUGCUGUUAAUAAUACACGAAAUUUAUUUCAGGUCUUUAUUUAAGAAAUAAUUUGUAGCAAAAGAGUGCUUUAACACUGUUAUGCACUAUAGGCGGUUAUACGUCGUGCGUAAUAAUUUCACGAGGGCGCAGCCCAAGUGAAAUUAUUUGUACGACAUAGUACCGCCAGAGUGUAUAAAUAGUGUUAAAACACGGUUUUGCUAUAAAUUAUUUCGAUUCUAAUAUGCCCUUAAUCUAAAAAAGUAGAUAAAAUAUAGUAGCGCAUUUUCUUGGUCGCAACAAAAACAUUGACGUCACCGCACGUUAAUGUGACGUCAUUCUAGCGUAAAAGUAUUUUAACAGAUAAAAGCAUACUAGAAUUGUUUUUAAUUGUGGACUAUUCUAACUAGGCACUUUUGACUACUGUCACAAUCUUCAUUCAGCUCUGGUACUAAUGGAAUAUCACGCCGUUGAAUUAGAUUUGAUAAAACAUACAGUUCUAGCCAAUGUUUUAGGCCUAUUCCUGUAACGGAUCAUUGGUAUCACCAUUACCAAAAUGAAUUGUAAAGAAUAUAAGCAAAUUAUUUAAAUAUUUUCGACCCUGUGUGGCAAAGGGUUUGUUUGUAUAAAAAUGUUAGAUGUAGUUCACAAGUGUACGUAAAAUAAGCAUUUCUCUAUUAUAUUUAUAUAUGUUAUAUAAUUUACCAGCCUGUUUGACAUUUUAUUCUGUAAUUGCCAUUCUUUUGUAAUCAGACAUCAUUUUAACAUUAAAACUUUC